ACCCCCGCCCGGAUCCCUGCGCGCCGGGCCCGGGGGACGCGGACCCGAGUGGCACCCCUGCCUCCCCAGCGUCUCUGAGGAAGUUCGCCCGCCCGGCUGAUGCCGCAACGCCGUCCCCGCGCCUCCCUACCCCCGCUGCUGUCUCAGAGCCCCCUCACCCGGGCCGUGUCCCCUCCUGCCCCAGUCCUCCGCGUCCUCCGGCCGCGACCUCGGGCCCGGCCCUGCGCGGCGCGGUGUUGGGAGGUGCGUGAAUGGGAAGGGGAAGCCGCGGCCGAACUUGCAGCUUGAGGAGCCGGCGGGGCCUGGAAACUUGGACCGAGACCAGGACCGGGUGCGGGACCCGACUGUGGCGCCUCGGUGAGGCCGCGGCGUGGGGCGGCCCGGGGUGGGGUUGGCAGGGUCUGAACGGUGUCAGCCAGUGACCAUGGGUGACACGGCGCGUGAGACAGACCGGCCUGGGCGAACGUGUGUCUAGGACACUGAGCAGGCAACACAGAAGGGCUCUGUGUGUCAGUGACAGGCAAGUGUGUGUGUGUGUGUGUGAUUGUGUGUGUGGGUGAGAGACCUCGGAUCACUGUGUGUGACCGUGACCCCUAGCUCACUGUAAUACCCUGGUCACCGGGGUCACUGAGUGUGUGUGGCCUGUGGUGUGACCAGGGCAGGGCCAAGGACCCAUGGACAGGCGGUGUGAGUAUGUAAAAGGGAGAGAAACUCAAGUGACUGUGAGAAAGAGCUCAUGAAUCACUGGGGCCAUAGUGUGUGGGGGAUCAGGGUGUAGUGUCACUGUGCCAGUAUGUAUGUGCCUCAGAGCAAUGAAUAAAAGGUAGAAAGAGGAGGGACCUCAAACGUUUGAAGGUUGGGAGGGGCAAGUCUGAGCUAUUGUCCCCAAGAGAAUGCCCCCCAGGAGCUCAGUUUGGUGAAUAGUGUCCACUCAGUUUAGUAAGGGGGGGGACCCUAAAUGACUUGCCCUGGCAGCAGCAGAGGGCUCCCAGGUAGCAUCAGACUCAACUCCAAACAAAUACACUGAGGUUCCUGAAGCCUGACAAAGCCCUGGCACCCUGGUAACCUGUGUUCUCACUGGGCCCAGGCACAGUCUUGCUCUCUCAGACCCUGCCCCCACUGAGCCUCAGUCUCCCCAUCUGCGCACUGAGGUGUUGGGCUCUGAAUGAGUUGUGAAUCAUCACUUUGGGGUUUUCUAUUGUUUUUGGGUCAACCACCUCUGUUCUCCCUUCCCUUGUUCCAGGCAGAAAGACAGCAGUGGGGGGUGGGGGCAGGGUGUCUGCUGGGGAAGGAGAACCCUCUCCACAACUGGCCAAGGAGACCUCACCUCCUAUCCAAAGUCUGCCUGAUCCUGGGACAAAGCCCAAAAUUUUGAUCUGUAAACUCCGACUUCUCUGGCCCAGGUUUCCUUUCUUCAGUUCCCUGGUUGGAGGUGGGUGGGGGUGGGAGGGGAAUAGAUUUGUUCCCCAGGAGUUCCCCAGGUCUAGGAGGCUAAGUUCGGGCUAGAGGGCUGGAGCAGGGACCCUUCACCAUGUGGGCCGGACCCCUCCAAGGCCCCCCAUGUCCACAAGAAGGUCUGGGGUUCAUGCAGGGUGGAAUGGAAAUCGGGCUCCCUAGCCCUGGAGGUGGUGGAGAGCACCUGCUGAAGGGUCUGGAAUUUCUCUUCUGCUGUCAUCCUCUGAAAAUGUUGAUUGCAUCCGUGAGGGUAGGUAGGGGCAGCAGUGCCCGGCACUGUGCCGAACACUGUCGUGCGCUGUCUUGUUGAAUCCUCAUGGUGGUUCUGGGAUUGCUUACCGUUUUUCAGAGAAGGAAACUGAGGCUCAAAGAAGUAAAGUAACUUGCCCAAGGUCAUGUAGAGUUAGAACAGUGCCAGAACCAGAAUUCAGGUCUUCUGACCCUGAAUGGGAUGUGAGAUGCUUAGAGAGGACCACCCCUUUCCUAAUAUCUGCUCAUGGCUUAUCUAGGCUUCCUACUCUCAAACUCCGUUGGCAAGCAUGGCCUUGCCAGGGUGUCCCACUGUGAGCUCUGGGUGUGGCGUGUGCGUGCACUCAUGCCUGAGACUUUGAGGGUAGAUGGGUGGGUUAUGUGGUUUUCCUGCUCUUCUUCUUCCUCCUUAUCCUCCGCCCCCUAACUAGUCACCCCAGCCAGAGGUCACCAAAAAGGCUUAUCUUCUGCCUUCUAGAGCCUGCAACUGGCUUAGGAAGUGUCCACAUGGCUCUGAAGAGUGUCCAGAGUUAGCAGCAUAGCUCAAACUCCAAGGGACAGGGUUGGCAGGAAUAAUUGAAAGUCCCAGGUGACCUUCACCAUACCCAAGAGGCCACUAUCCUACUCUUAGUUGUCUAGGGCACGUUCCCAAAUCCAUCACAAUCUGUGGUGGGAAGCAGGCUGGGAGUGACCUUGAGCUGGUGCCUGCUUUCUCUGGGCCUCAGUCUCCUCAUUUUUCCUGAAGAGAGGCCCCUCCUAGCUCUGAUCACUGCUGCUCCUUUGCUGGGAGCUGGGGUUGGGCAUCAUGGUGGCCCUGGGUUCUCUCUGGAAUGACUGGAGCAGUGUUUCUUGGGGCUGAUCGAAAUAGCUGUCCUGGUCCCCAGGGGCUAAGCCCGAGUUAUUUCCAUCCCCAGCAAAAAGGUAGAAAUAGCUUAGGGCCCGGGAGCAGGAGAUAGAGGGGAAGGGUUAACCUUCUCUUCUCAUCCCAGUCUUGCUGGAGGCUCCCCUGUGCCCCAUCAAACCAAACCUUUUCAGGUGGGGCCAGGCUAGGUUUCCACAUGUGGCGCCAGUUGGGACUGGUAUGAUAAUUGGUGGAGGGAAGUAAAGUGCCUGUGUCUGGCCAAGGAGGGGAGAAAUCAAGGGACAAUGAGCACCCACUCCUACUCAUAGGGUCAGGCAACAGAGCCAAGAGGCCUAGCCCCAUCUUAUAGAGGGAGAGGCUGAGGUUCUGAGAAGUGCAGGAGUGCAGGGACUUAGCCAAGGCUCCCAAGAACCCUGAUAUCCUGAUUCUGCCUUCCAGAGUACCUACCGUCUGUCCUGCCACACGUUCCCAGAUGACUGGGGAGGACCAGUCUGGCCAAUCUGAAGGGGAAAGGAGUGUGGGUAGGGCUGUUUAACACCUGACCUUGCUUGGCAAGCAUCCCAUGAGGCAGGGGCAAGCACCCCUGUGUGCAGAGGAGGACCCCGAAGCUGAAGGAGGGCUGGUGACCGUCCUGGACCUGACGAUGAAGCUGAGCCCCCUGCACUGGUCCCUGUCCUGCCUCCUUGUGCUGCUGCCCUGGCCUCCGGCCACUCCAGCAUCCACAACACCUUGGCAGUGCCCACCUGGAGAGGAGCCCAGCUUGGACUUGGGGCAGGGUGCGUUGUGCAGGUCCUGCCCCCCAGGCACCUUCUCAGCCUCAUGGGGCCCCAGCCCAUGCCAACCCCAUACCUGCUGCAGCCCUCGAGGGAGGCUGGAGGCCCAGGCGGGCUCGGCGACUCGAGAUACACUCUGUGGAGGCUGCCGGCCUGGGUGGUUCGUCCCUGAGGGGGCCCCCCAUGUUCCAUGUCAGCCAUGCUCCUGGGCACCUCUGGGUACUCGUGGCUGUAAUGUGUGGGGGCGCCGGGCCAGGCGCGGUGUGGAGGUGGCAGCAGGGGCCAGCAGCAGUGGGGAGGCCCGGCAGCCUGGGAACGACACACGGGCGGGCAGCCCUGAGGAGACGGCUGCGCAGUAUGCAGUGAUCGCCAUCGUGCCUGUCUUCUGCCUCAUGGGGCUCCUGGGCAUCCUGGUGUGUAACCUGCUCAAGCGGAAGGGCUACCACUGCACAGCCCACAAGGAGGUCGGGCCUGGCCCCGGAGGUGGAGGCAGCGGGAUCAACCUUGCCUACCGGGCUGAGGAAGCCAACGAGGACACCAUCGGGGUCCUGGUGCGCCUGAUCACAGAGAAGAAAGAGAACGCGGCAGCCCUGGAGGAGCUGCUGAAGGAGUAUCAUAGCAAACAGCUGGUGCAGACAAACCACAGGCCGGUGCCCAGGCUGCCACCAGGCCCUCCCAGCACGCCACACAUCUGCCCGCAUCGCCACCACCUCCACACGGUGCAGGGCCUGGCCUCACUCUCUGGUCCCUGCUGCUCCCGAUGUAGCCAGAAGAAGUGGCCUGAGGUGCUGCUGUCCCCUGAGGCUGCAGCAGCCACCACUCCUGCCCCCAGCUUCCUGCCCAGCUCAGCCCGGGCUCCUAAGGCUGCGGCCAAGGCGGGACGCCAGGGGGAGAUCACCAUCCUGUCCGUGGGCAGAUUCCGUGUGGCUCGCAUUCCUGAGCAGCGGACAAGUUCAGCAGUGUCUGAGGUGAAGACCAUCACAGAGGCUGGGCCCUCAGGGGGCGAUUUCCCUGACUCCUCACAACCUGGCCUCCCCCCUGAGCAGCGGGCACUGCUGGGCAGUGGCGCAAACCACUCUAAGUGGCUGAAGCCCCCACCGGAGAAGAAGGCCGAGGAGAACCGCUAUGUGGUCCGGCUAAGUGAGAGCAACCUGGUCAUCUGAAGGGCUGUCUAGUCUGCGGACACUGCAGCCCUGCCCUGGGAGGUGCCAGUGGCUUCCUGAAGGAGGUAGAGCUGCACCUGGCCCCGUGAAGACCAAGAAGCAAUGGCCCAGCAGAUAGAACAGCAGAGGCCAAGACCUGGAGGUGGGACCAACCACCUAGUGGGGAGGCUGGCCGGUUGGCAGGCACUGUGUAGGAGCAGAGCAAGAGCCCACCCCAGGCCCCUGCCGCCCCUGUUCCUCCCCUGCAGGAUGCCCCUACACCUGCCCUGGCCAGAUCCUAGGAGCCUGCAGGAUUCUUUGUACCAACAGGGAGCCUAACCUUGGUACAAGGGAGGGACCCUCUGCUCGGCAUUCCCGGCCCCACCCCUGCUUCUGUACAGGGCCCCAGAGCAGAGGUGCCUCUUCCCCCUCUUCCAGCAGGUCCUAUAAAGGGAGGGGGCACCAAAAAGCCCUGGACUGGGGGCUGAGUUCCUGGGUUCUAAUCCUGGGCAAGUCCCUGUCCAUCACUGGGUCCCAGCUUUUUGACUGUGAAGUGGGGAGAAAAGGAUGUCUUGGUGCCCAAGGCCUGUCCAGCUCCUUGCACGUUCUGGGCUGGGUCCAGUGUGGGUGACGAGCUUGACUCUCUGCCACCCCCCUCCCAUUAGUAGCUUUAUCUGGCCCCGUUUUUGCUGCUGCUGGGGGCUCUGCCUUUAAGGCCCCCAUGGGGUUGUUCCAUCUGUGCUCUGCCUACCAAACCCAAAAUCCAAACCCAUUGCCGUUGAAUCGAUUCUGACUCAUAGCGACCCUAUAGGACAGAGUAGAACUGCCCCAUAGGGUUUCCAAGGAGCGUCUCGUGGAUUCAAACUGCCGACCUUUUGGUUAGCAGCUGAGCUCUUAACCACUACGCCACCAGGGUUUCUGCUCUGCCUACAGAAGAGGCCUAAUGCAUGUGCCUGCCCCUCUUCCCACUGUUUUUAAUGAAAAUGGAAAAACAGACUUGACCUGGGUGGGGCUGUGGUACAGGAGCCGCAGCCUGCCUAGCCACCCCCUCCCACAGGAUCUCCGGAGCUUCGGGGAUGGGGGAGACGAGGCUAGACAGGUGCCUGUGGCCUCAGUGGUUCCUGUGUCUCUGUGGUGUUGGUGUGUCUGUCCCUUAGCCCUGGGCAGCGCGGGCGACUGCCUGGCCCAGUACCUGUCCCCACACUCUGCUCAGCAGCCUGGUUAUUUAUGUGGGCGCCGUGCAGGCGCGGGCCCACUGCCCCCAUUAUUUUAUUUAUUGAAACUGUGCUGUUGUCCUGUCCUCACAUCCCCAUCCAUUUAUUGAAUAAUAAAAGGUGGGAGAGUGG